AAUUCGUCAGCGAUCAUGAAGCCGUAUUCAUGGCAAAGUAGAUUGAUAGUCUGAUAUCGGCGCGCAAAUGCGCCCGCCAUUGUCCGUCCUGCUUCCUCUAAUGUGGGAUGCGCGCGACAUCGGACCCCGAUUCACGACUCGUCUUCCGCAGGCCCAGUCCUGCCCAUCUCACAAAAAUGGGAUAUGAAAGUUACAGUGCUUGCAGAAUCGAGAUAUGUAUUUGUUCUGUCUAUAUCCCCCGUGCCGUGCCUUACCGUAUCACUAUCUCUCCCCUCAUAUCAAAUUCGUCGGUUCCAUGGGACAAUUCGGCGCUUCGCAAACGAAAGGCGCCAUCCCACCCUACCCGCAACCAAAACCGGCCCCCGGGCCAGGGGAUAUCGCAUCAGGAGGGGAGACUUCGAUUUGCUCCUCGGAAUCGCAUGGCCAAUCUUGGCGCAAGGAGAGAGCUGCCCUCGGUAUGGUACGGUCUGGUCCAGUUAUCAACUCUUUCCCUUCUUCAGCUGCCUUUGCAAUGCGCUUUGCGACAAAUGCGCCCCGUCACACAAUUGAGGACCGCGAUGGCCCUUUGUCGCGGGAUACCAACUUCACCUCACCCCGUUUCCAAGUUAAUAAACCGCCUCAGAUAGACCCACGAACCCCGGCCCUCUGUUGAUCUUUGGUCUUUCAUUGCUGACGUACCUGGAUGGCACACCACCACGUGAUGCCAUGCUCCAACAAAAAAGGGCGCCAAACAACUGCAAGUUCCGGUAUGGAAGCCGGAUGGUGUGUGUGCCAGUGUUUUUCUUUUGGCGCCAAUCCGUCCCCAACCAUUGAGGUCGUUCACCUAUCGUACCGUAGUACGGAUAUCUCACCUACCUGAAGAAAAAAAACCUGGCCCAAUGUCAU